UAUUGUAUAUGUUUUUAAAAGGAAUAUUUUCCUUGAAAAAAAGUGUAGUUUGGAAGAACACGGAAGACUUCUGGCGUUGACGUCUCUGGCUUCUGAUAUAUAAGAAGUUGGGGAACAUAUACUUGGCCCGAUGUAGAGGCAUGUUAAUUGGCAGGGAUAUAGAAGAAUCGAGCCCUCGAUCUUGAGUAAUUAAGUUGGGGAUAUCAAGAGAUCGAGACGAUGUCGUCGCCGUGGGACAAGUAUGGCGGCCACAGCGGCAGCGGCCAGCACUAUGCCGGCUCUGACGGCAACUCUCCAUAUGGCGUCGGAUCAGGAGCCGGCCGCGGCCCGUACGAAGCAGCCGGCGGCAACAGGCGCUCGUCGUCGCCGUCGAGCGGCGACAAGAAGGAAAAGAAGGAGUACCAGAGCUACACCAGCCACAACAAUGGCAGCGACGACGACAAGGACAAGGACCGGAACAAGCACAAGGGAAGCAGCAGCAGCAACAACAAGGGUAGCAGCCAGAAGCACAAGGACGACGAGAAAGAUCACCGGAACAACUACAGCAAGGACGGCGCCUAUGCCGGCGGCGGCAACCCCAGGAACUACGACCGCUACGGCAGCGGCACGGGAGGAGGCUACGGCACCGGCGCGGGAACAGGCUACGGCACCGGCGCGGGAGGAGGCUACGGCAGCAGCACGGCAGGAGCUGGUUCCUACUACGGCGGCGGCGGGUACGGCCGUUCUUCCUACGGCAACGUCGACGGCGGCGGCGGCAGCAGCAGCAUCAUCAUAUCUGGAGCCACCCCUAUUCCCUACAACAGCGGAAGCUGGCCGGUUCCGCCGCAGCAGGAGGGCUCCGGGACGACGCCGGUGUACAUCCGUGCAGAAGAGGUAAAGGUCAUCUACAACACGCCCCCCGGCACCGGUUCGGCGCCGUACUCGUCCUCGUCGCAGUUCGAGAGAGAAGGCGACGGCAGGAGAGGCGGGGGCGGCGGCGGCAGCACUGGAUCGAGAUCGGUAAGCGGCGGCGGCGGCGGCAGCGGGUUCUUUGGCCCGGCGUUCCACGCCGUCGGCGGCUACAUCGACCGCAAGUUCGGUCUAGACAGAGACUGACACGCCGGCCGGCGGCCACCACGGCGCGCGCGGCGCCCUCCGUACGUACGCAUGCAUCUUCGUGCUCCCUGUUUCGCCUCGUCAUCUCGUCUCGUCCGUGUGUGCAUCGAAUCCAUCUCUUCGAGCUAGCCUCAUGAAUUCAUGCACAAUAAUAAUCUACACAAGCGUACGUGUUAAUUCGUCGAUCAGUUCAUGCAGUUCUUGAGAAGUAAUCGAGCAUAGUGUUCAUGGUUGUAUACAUACAUAAUACGUACAAUGUACAGUAUAGUGUUGUGUAACGUCCUGUAUUUUUCAUGGAUGGCCGGCCUAGAAGUACACAGCUAGCUGGUAGCUGGAGUGUGAUGUUGAAAACUUGUACUGCCUGUAGAUUGUGUGUGUGUUGUAUACUGUGUGCUGUGUGCGUGAUGCGGUGUGCUAGCUAGCUAGUUAAUUACUCAAUCUGUGUGCUACUACGAACUACUGUAUAACUAUAUGUUUUUAUAUAUGGUUUGUUACC